AGAAGACAUCACAAAUCUGGGAAACGGCGAGGAAAUAUUCCCACUGGAAUUCCUGAAAUGCCUUUGAAAAGGGUUAGCAAUGCUGGAAACCGUGUUGGAGAGUUCUGUCUCAGUGACUUUGUUCAGAUGGACUUUGAGAAGGGUGCCCGGAGAUCAGAGGUUUCAAACAUGAAGUUUCAUCUUACCCAGCUCCAAUACCAUAGUCAAAUUGAUGCAAAUGGAAAAUACCAAGAGGAAGCAUGGUUUGACUCAGUUAGCAUUCUAGAAUCUGAUUCAGAUGAUGACUUCAGUAGUGUGCAUGGAGAUUGUUUUCCCUUUGCGGGCAAUGCUUUGGGGAGUGUGCCAAAUAGUCAGUUACUCCAGUACGAAAGUGCAUCCUGCUUUGUAGAUUCAGCGUGUAAAUAUGAGGAGUUUUAUGAGAGCUACCUAAAAAUAGAUGGAGGGAACUGUAAGAAUGGAGAGAAAACUCAAGAAAACAGCGCAAAGCAAUCAACAGUUAUCAUGCUUUCUGUAAAAAGGACAUCCGUUGAUGCAAAUGACAAGACUGAAUUAUGUGCAACUGAGAGGUUUCUUUAUCGUCCCAGAGCAGGGCUUCAAAUUCCAAGUUCAACACAAGAAAAUCCAUGCCCUGGUUCCUGGUCUGCAGUUUCACCUUCAGUGUUCAAGCUCCGAGCUGAAAGUUUUUUCAGAGAUAAGCAGAAGAGUCCUGCUGUAGACUACUGCCCUUAUGUACCAAUAGGUGUUGAUUUAUUUGUCUGUCCACGGAAGAUAAAUCACAUUGCUAAGUAUCUUGAACUUCCAUUUGUCAAAGAACAUGAGACAGUACCUUCCCUCCUCAUUGUUAAUAUACAGUUGCCAACAUAUCCUGCUAGUGUGUUCCUUGGUGAUGCCAAUGGGGAAGGUUUGAGCCUUGUACUAUAUUUUAAACUGUCGGAAAAUUUUGACACAGAGACCUCACCACUUUUUCAGGAGAAGAUCAAGAGAUUAUUGGAUGAUGAGAUGGAAACGGUGAAAGGGUAUACAAAGGAAAGCUUGGUUCCCUUUAGGGAAAGGCUAAAAAUUUUGGCUGGGGUUGUUAAUCCAGAGGAUCUUCAUCUGAAUUCUGCCGAGAGGAGGCUUAUACAUGCCUACAAUGGCAAGCCAGUGCUUUCACGUCCUCAACACAAUUUCUUUAAGGGACCUAACUAUUUUGAGAUAGACCUGGAUAUACAUCGCUUUAGCUAUAUAUCGAGGAAAGGACUUGAUUCACUCCGAGACCGUGUAAAGCAUGGAAUACUUGAUGUUGGCUUAACUAUCCAGGCACAAAAGCAGGAGGAACUUCCAGAGCAAGUGUUGUGCUGCUUACGAUUGAAUAAAAUUGAUUUUGUUAACCAUGGCAAAAUUCCUACCAUUGUGACUCUUGAUGAUAACUGA